GUGAAUGAUAUAAGCCUUAACGAAAGCUAUGAGCUAUGCAAAACCAAGUACAAGAAUAAUUUUUUAAUACCGCAGUAUGCCCUUGACGCAGCAUCCAUUACAGGAAGGACUGAGGAUACAGCAAAGAGCUGGAUCAAAGCUCUGCGAGAUGAGGAUAUCGAGACAGUGUUUGAUCUUAAACUUAUGGUGUAUGAAGAUUGGGAGAGGCUGCCUCUGACGGUGUUUUCAUGCAGAGCUAUGCAGAAUAUGCUGUACGGCAUUGAUGGCGUACCACCUAGAGAGAAGCACUUGCCAUUAAAUCCAAAAUUGAAAGAGUAUGACAACAAGAUGAGUAUCAAAAGCUUCUUGGAGGAUGUUUGUGGAGGCAUCAAUAGAAGAGAGCUGGUAUCUAGCUGGGAAGACAGGCUCCUGGCUCAGGAUAUUCAAACAGUUGGAGAGCUUAAGAGUCUUCACAAUGAAGACUGGAAUCGGCUAGGCCUGACUGUCUAUGCUUUUAGGAUCCUCAAAAAUGUUAUUUUUAGGAAGGGCAAAAUUCUAAUUGACGAUAGCCGAUAA